AUCCAAUCAAAUCGAGGUUUUGGAUGGUGCCGCAAGAUUUCGAAGUAUAGCCUAAAACAAAUUUUAGUAAAUGUAGUCCGUGCAACAAUGAACAUACAGAGAGUCACGCAUAUUUACAGGAGAAGAUAAGAUGGUUCUAGUACCACUAAUCACUUGACAACAGCACGCAGAAGAAAACCAGAUAACGGAACGAUCAUAUGCAGCAAGGUUUGAUUGAACCCUUUAGGUAUAAAAGUGUUGACUUUCUAUAAUGGCCCUGGCAAUACCAAGUCUACAGAUAGAAAAUGGGCCACAAAGAAAACUGCUGGGUGCCAGAAAGCGACGUCCCAGCCGUGACGUAAGUGAAGAUCAGGCCAAGAAAACAUCGAAAUACUUUAGACAAUCUGAUGGAGAUACACAGAGAUCUUCAAAGGAUGAAAUGACCACUAAAACCACGACAACAGUUGCAGUGACCAGUGGUCAACAUGCAGAAGAAAAUGGAUGGUUUGAGAGUUCAUUUUCUUGUGGAGGAAAAAGUUCAAAGGAGAACGAGAUUCAGCAAGAAGUGGAUGCUCCAUUAAAAGAAACUGCUGUGGAUGUGAGGGACAAGAAACAAAAACCACCAGGGAAGCCAUCAGAGCAGGAUAAUUCUGAUAAUGACUCAGAGAAGGAUUUCUUUGAAGAGAGUUUUCAAGAUCAAGAUUUUCUGAGCCAUGUGGAGUCCAUUGAGAGUCAGAACUCAGUUGAUGUUGUUGACAGUGUGUCAGAAGAGUCAUCAAAGUGUGAAAGUGUUUUGAGUAAACUAGUUGAAAAAGAUCAGUUAAUAUUGUCACCUAAAAGUAGGUCUCAUGAAAACAAAGUUUUCGGGUCUGAAAAUAGGAGUAAUAUACAAAAUGGUAAUUGUGAUUCAAUAGGUAAAACUCGGAGUACAGUGCAAAAAAGUGUCUGUGAUAGAAACUCAAAUGUCCAAGUCUCUGUGUGCAAUAAUAAUACUGACAAAGAGGUCAAAGAAAUUAAACUAAAGACUACAGAUCAGGUCAAAAGUGAGGAGGUUUUAAGGUCUGUCAAUAGUGUGGGAUCAUUAAGGGACCGAUUAAAAAGGAAAUUACUACAGAAUGUGGGGACUAAAUCCCCUGUCAGUCCUGCACAGACAGUAGAGCAGGGAAGACAGAGCCGUUUAAAAGAGGUAGAGCGGGAGGCAGCCAUUAUACAAGGGGAGGGAUCUGCCAAUGACAUCGGUCCAUUCUACGGUUUGCCAUCAAAAGUCCAGCAGCUAUUACAGAAACAGAGAGGAAUUACUUCGUUAUAUGAGUGGCAGGAUGAGUGCUUGAGACUUCCCACACUACAAAAGGGAGGUAACCUGGUUUAUUCUUUACCCACUAGUGGAGGAAAGACUCUAGUGGCAGAGGUGCUGAUUCUGAAGGAAAUGUUGUGUAAAAAGAAAGAUGCCAUGAUGAUUCUCCCAUUUGUGUCCAUUGUUCAGGAAAAGGUGAAAGGAAUGGCCCAGUUAGCCGUGGAGUUAGACUUUCUGGUGGAGGAAUACGCCGGCAGUAAAGGGAGAUUUCCUCCCAUCAAACACAGAAAAAGGUCCCUGUAUAUCGCUACCAUAGAGAAGGCUCACUCCCUAGUCAACAGUCUGAUAGAGCAGGGGAGGCUGGAUUCCCUGGGGCUGGUCGUUGUGGAUGAGCUUCACAUGAUUGGAGAGGGGAGAAGUCGAGGAUCCAGAUUAGAGGCCACACUUCUGAAAAUUAUCUAUGCCAAAGCUUCCACCCAGAUAAUAGGAAUGAGUGCUACGCUGAACAAUAUAACAGAUCUCCUGACUUUCCUUAAGGCUGACGUCUUCUCCAGCGAUUUCCGGCCAGUCAAGCUUACUGAACAUGUGAAGCUGGAGGACAACAUUUUUGAAGUGCAUAAAGGUCAAACUCUGCAGGAAAGUUUGAGUCAUCAACGGACAGUGGCUUUCCAGUACAGUCCGGAGAUGAACAAGGUGGACCCGGACCACCUGUUGGGUCUGGUGACGGAGGUCGUCCCACAACACUCCUGUCUCAUCUUCUGCUCCACCAAGAAAAACUGUGAAAACGUGGCCCUGAUGCUGAGUAAACUGAUGGCCAAAUACAAGAGAGAACUAAGUCAAGUGAAAAGACAAGAGAGAAAAGACUUGUUGAAGGAACUCUACAAAGAUGGAGAACAGAGGAUGUGUCCCGUACUGCAGCAUACGAUACAUUUUGGUAUAGCGUACCACCACAGCGGUCUGACGACAGAUGAGCGCCACCUACUGGAGGAGGCGCACUCGGACGGCGUGCUCUGUCUCCUGGCCUGUACCUCUACACUGGCAGCCGGGGUCAAUCUGCCAGCCAAAAGAGUGAUAUUGCGCAAUCCCUACAUUGGUACUCAGUACCUCAACAGGAGUCAGUACAAACAGAUGAUAGGACGAGCUGGGCGGGCAGGCAAGGACACGACAGGGGAGAGCAUUCUUAUUGUCAGUAACAAAGACAGGUGUAAGGUGUGGGAGAUAAUCAGUGGUCCCCUGGAGAGCUGUUACAGCAGUCUGAGUUACGAGGACGGGAAGGGAAUCAGGUCUCUUAUCCUGUCCACCAUAGGCCUGCAGGUAACCAAGACAACGGAGGAGGUUUUUGAAAUGAUGACUCACACCUUACUAUCCAUCCAGGCUACUCAGUUGUCAUGUGACAUUGUUGCCAUGACAAAGGAUGCUCUACAGCAGUUGAUUGACAUGGGAUUAGUGCAACAGAAGAGAAGGCUGUCACAGGAAAAAGAGAACUCCCCAGUACCCCACACGCUGGAGGUUACACCUCUGGGGCGGGCCACUUUUAAAGGUUCAGUUGAUCUGGACUUUUCUGCUCAGUUGUAUAAAGAUCUGAAGAAGGCAGAGGAGUCUCUGGUUCUUGCCAGCUAUCUACACCUCCUGUUCCUUGUGACCCCUUAUGACCUCGUCAAGGAAGUUCAACCACCAUGGAUGACCUACUUCAAACAGAUAAGUAUGUUGACACCUGUGGAGUUAAAGGUUGCUGAGUUGAUAGGUGUCCCUGAAUCCUAUGUAGCAAAGAAAGCCUCAGGUCAACACACCAGACAGGCUGUUGAUGAGUUUGUUGUCAAGCGAUUCUACCUGACCCUGAUGCUUUAUGAUCUUUGGAAGCAGAAGACACUUUGGGAAGUGGCAGAGAAAUUUGAAUAUCCUCGAGGCUUUGUCCAGAACCUCCUCUCAGGGGCGGCUAGUUUUGCAACCUGUGUCUAUCACUUUUGUCAGGAGUUAGAGGAAUUCUGGGCCUAUCAAGAACUACUCGGAAUCUUUGUCAAGCGCCUGGCUUAUUGUGUGUCUGCAGAACUCCUGCCACUCAUGGAAAUACCUGGCGUCAAACUGGGUAGAGCUAAGCAGCUAUACAAUGCUGGAUUCCAGUCUGUGGCGUUAGUGGCAACUGCUGAUCCCGAGAUCCUUGUUAAAUCCAUACAGCAGAUCCCUCGUAAAGUGGCCAAACAGAUUGUCGCUUCCGCAAAAGUUUUACUGAAUGAGAAGGCAGAGGCCUUACUACAGGAAGUAGAGGAACUGGUGACGGUUCCAAUCGACCGAUCAACCGUACAGAGUUCACAGGGUCAAACCUCUCCCUGGGAUGAUAUGGACUUGUUUUCUAGUCUUGAUACACAGUCUUCUACCUCAUGAUAAGAAAUUGACAUCCUAUUUAGCUGAACAAAAGUUUCAUUUAGAUAAGGGAUUAAACUUUUGAACCCUUCCAAUGACUACAGUUCUGUGGGUUUAGCACUAGGUUAUGUGACAUCUUAGUGAAAAAGACUGUUGUAGUGCUCAGACUGUUCAUUGAUUGUAUUGGGUUUUUUUUUUUUACAUUAAAGGUAACUUGUACCUGAUUAAACAAGAAGUUUAUGUACAGACAGAACAACGUACAAACUAAAUGUGCAAUAUCUCCUAAUGUAAAUCCUUGUAGAAUUUUUUCAGAGGAGUGUUUAUAAAAAUAUAAACUAGCUGACUGGUAACUGCUUCCAGAUGUGUGAUAAUUGUGCUUUAAAAUUCUUGUCUAAAGACUGUGCUACAUUGCUUUCAAGAACUAGUCCUAAUUUAUCAUCUAAUGCUAACAGGAUGGUUGUUUAUCAUGAGUACAGUUUCUGUGAUAUUAUACAAUUAUUGCUGUUUUUUUUAGGUCAAUACAAUGAUUUAGCCAUCUUAGGAGUACAAUAAUUGUUUUAUUACCGGUAUAUGAUUAACAGAUAAAAUGAUAAAGCUCAUUACUUGUUUGCAUUUAAUUAAGUCCCAGCCAAUACAAGAGAGAAGCAGAAUUAAAAUGUAAAAAAGCCUUACCAGUCGUAUCAAUUUGAAUUUUUUUAAAAUAAAUAUUAGUUGCCGUGAAAAAAAUGUAAUGUCAGUCU